AUGAAUCCAAUGAUCAAUGCCUCACAACGAUCAAACUCAAAUCAAUCACUUACUGCACACACUUUUUCGACAAGUCCUACACUGUUAGAAAUAUCGACUAGUAAAAAGGUUACUCGUCAAUCACUUGGCUACGAAGCAAAAUUAGGUUCAUUGUACAAUAUUAGAAAAGAUCAAUUUUGUGGUAAUGAACAAAUAUUUUUUGAUUUAUCAUUGAGACGACAUGUUUCUACGAUUAAUAAAUCACAAACACGAUUCAAUAUUGAUUGUAAUGAUACUUACGUCAGAAAAUUAUGCAAUUUAAAUAUUGAAGCACCUCUAAUUUUGAGUAUUCUUUGUGGAUGGUCAAAUGCCACUAAAGAAUUUGAAACUUAUUUAACAAAUGUAAAAGAAGACAAUCGAACAGUAAAAGCCACAAUAAUUUGUCGAACAGAGCUAAAGUAUGAACGUCUUAAUAUUACACCACGAACAUUAGUUGAGUACAUAUCAACAAAUGCAUUUGAUAAUCCCGAGGCUACUCAUGUUGUAACUGAAAUUCAAUGGGGUGCUAAUAUUCUGGCUGUAUUUGAAAGAAAAUUAAAUAAACAAGAAAAUCAAGAAGAAAUUGAAGAAAAUUUAAAAACGUCUCUCCUAAGGAAAUUAGAUAACUUUGAGGCAAAAAUUAUUCAUGAAGAUUUGUUUUCUAUUACUUAUUAUGGGAAUAUUGGCAUUGUGCUACCAAAAGAUCAACUUCCACGGACAGUUAGUGACACUAUUCGUCUGUUUAAAAUUAUUUCUCAGUGUCCUCAAUAUAUCGAUGAGGAAAAAGCAAAACCAAUCGCUUAUAGACUCUUCCCGUUGAAAGAACUAGCCAUAUUAAUCAAUUCUAAAUCAGACAUUAAAAACAAAUUAACGAUAAAAGAUUCUACAGGAGAGAUUAGUUGUCAAUGUCAAUUAGAAAUACAACGUCUAUUUGAUGAACAUUUAUUAGUUGAACAAGAACUUUUAAGUAUACAGCAUAUGAUCGAUCAUUUCCCAGCGUAUGAUUUUGAUUCAAUCAGUAAGAGAAUCGAUGAUAUAACAAGUGGCUUGAUAAAAUUUCAAACAGAAAUGAGAGAUACUUGUGAAAAAGUACGAAAUAGUUUAAUAAACGAAAUUCAAAUUGAGAGAAUUCUUAGACGGUAUGAAAGAGGUGUUUGUUCAUUCUCAGGACUGGAAUUGUUUAUUAAUGAAAACAAAACAGUGUUGAAAAGACUCCAUUUGUUACGAAAUAUUGAAGAGAAAGGAAUUCAAUCAUUAGCAAGCAAAAACUUUCUUGAGGAUAUACUACAUGAAUAUCGUGGCGACGAUAUUUAUACGUUGUAUGUUAGUAUAGAACAACUACUAAAAGACUGUCCGGUCAGCAAAGAACAAUAUCAGUAUUUCUUAGAAUUAAUGGAAGAACCAGACGAAACAAAACCAAGAAGAUUUUUUUUGGUGGAUUAUGAUAUUCAACGCGAUCUUACUAAAAUACCUCUUCCUCCCACUAUACAUUUUUAUUGUAACGCUACACUUAUCACUAACGACUAUUUUAUGCAUAGACAAGACAUUCCCGCGGAUAUCGACGAAGUUACGGCAUUUACUCAAGAUUUAUCAUCUAAUCAUAUACCACCACUCAUUGUUUAUAUUCGUCAACUGGAAAAAAUGUCUGUCGUUUUUGUCGAUUUGAAAGCAACAAUUCAUGAUCUUAUAAAUCAGAUUUGUAACGAAUAUGAAUUGAAUUCAACGGAAUUUUACUUGACUUUGAACGAUAUUCCACUUGAUAAUUCGGAAACAAUUGAAUCAACAAAUAUUCAUGCUGAAACAAAUAUCGAGCUUCGUAUGAAAUCAGGAUCAGAAACAAAAUGA